GAAGUGCUGCUCACCCUCUGUGUGUUGACAGUGAUGCUGUGACUGUGCAUCUUAAAUCAAAGAGGAUGCAUGGAGCCUCACACAGCUGGCAGGAUUCAUCACCCUCGUGUUGCACAUCGUGUCCGGUCUGCGGUCUGCAGGUCUCUUCCACCUGAGCCAGCAGCAUCAUGGGAGGUUCCACCUCCUCCCUUGUUGAGGAGGCUGAGGGCGAUGCGCCCCGGGGUGCAGCUCUGCCUCCGUCCCCCAUCAUGGGAUGUCUGAGGAGCAGCCAAAGCACCUCGCUCCCCCGGCAGCUUCCCAGACCUGGCAGGCACAGAGAGCGCAGUUUCUCUUCAGGUUCGAUGCCCAUGCAGAGGAGCCAGUGGGCUUGUGGCUGUUGCACUUUCCUUAACGCAGCCGGCGCCCCCCGCUGCUCCAUCUGUGAGGCCCCGCGGCGGAGACCCGACACCCGGUGGAUGUGGCACGGGACCAGCAGGGAGGACAGCCGGUGGUCCUGCCCUCGCUGUACGCUGUCCAACUCUCCUGACAGUCUGACCUGCUCCCUGUGUGGCUACACCGGGCUGCCGGGCCGAGCCCUGGGCUCAUCUGAAGACCAGCCUCGGCCCCAGCGCUCCAGCAGCUGCUCCGGUCCCCUGAGGCCGUCAUCGAGUCAGCAGCAUAACAAAGAAGACAAAGGCAGCCUGAGCUGGGACUGUUUGCGGUGCACUCUGCAGAACACUCCUACCUCCAUGUCCUGCUCUGCCUGUGGCGGACCACGCAAACUGUCUCUCCCCCAAAUCCCAGACGACGCCUUGCUUCUGCCUGAAGUCUGCGAUCAAACAGGAGCACAACCAGAACCUGCAGCCGGGGCGCUCUCCCUCUCCAUAUCCACCCGAGGAGAAUGUUCACCGGUGGAGGCUUCGUAUCCUCACACAAGCUCCUCUGUGCUCAGCCUCACGUCUUUAGGUCAUAACAAUCCUGUCCCCUGCAGCCGCAGAGAGGUGCCCCCUCCAGAUGUUUGCCUCAGUCAGACACAUAACUUAAGUCCCUCUCCGUCAGCACAUCUGUCCACCCAACCCGAGCUCCAGCUCAGCAGACGGCUCAGCGUCCUGAAGGAGGAGAUGUCACCGCUGUCACCUGCACCAGACGCCUCGUCCUCAUUUCCAGCAGGCCUGAUCCACGUUAACAGGACAGAGGAGUGGUCGUGUCUGGCCUGCACGCUCAUUAACAAGGUCAAAGCGAAACACUGCCUGGCCUGCCACACUCCUCAGCAACACAGCACACAGCUAAAACCAGCCUCGUCCCCAAAGAGGAAGGAGAGCAUGCUGGUGGAGGCGCUGCGACAGAGUGAUGAAGGAGAGGCCAAGGAGCUGUGGGAGAACAUCGUCAGCUUCUGCAGAGAGAACGCCGUGACGUUUGUGGACGACAGCUUCCCUCCUGGUCCAAAGUCUGUGGGCUUCCCGGUGGACGACAGCGUCCAACAUCGGGUCAAAAAGUGGCUCCGUCCUCAAGAAAUCAACUGCUGCAACCUGAGAGACCGCGCGGUGAAGUGGUCUGUUUUCCGCACGCCUCGCCCAUCUGACAUCCUGCAGGGACUUCUGGGUAACUGCUGGUUUCUGAGUGCCUUGGCUGUUCUGGCUGAGCGUCCUGAGCUGGUGGAGAAGGUGAUGGUGACUCGCUCGCUGUGUGCAGAAGGAGCCUAUCAGGUGCGUCUGUGUAAAGACGGCUCCUGGACCACGGUCCUGGUGGACGACAUGCUGCCGUGUGACGAGAACGGACACCUCCUCUUCUCACAGGCCCAGAGGAAGCAGCUCUGGGUGGCUCUGAUAGAAAAAGCACUGGCCAAGCUCCAUGGCUCCUACUUUGCUCUGCAGGCAGGUCGAGCUAUCGAAGGCCUGUCCACGCUGACCGGGGCCCCCUGCGAGUCGCUCGCCCUCCAGGUCAGCGCCACCAACCCCAAAGAGGAACCCAUCGACACGGACCUCAUCUGGGCCAAGAUGCUGAGCUCCAAAGAAGCAGGUUUCCUGAUGGGGGCGUCCUGUGGAGGUGGGAACAUGAAGGUGGAUGACUCAGAGUACGAGUCCCUGGGUCUACGUCCACGACACGCUUACUCCGUCCUCGAUGUGAGAGAUGUCGACGGUCACAGGUUGCUGCAGCUGAGGAACCCGUGGGGUCGGUUCUCCUGGACUGGGCCGUGGGCGGACAACUGCCCAAACUGGCCUCCACACCUGAAGAGGGAGCUCUGUGCCCAGCGAGCCGAGGACGGCCUGUUCUGGAUGGACUUCUUAGAUUUCAUCAGGUACUUUGACUCAGUGGAUAUCUGUAAGAUUCAUUCAGACUGGCAGGAGGUUCGAGUCCCGGGUGUUUUCCCGCGAGGAGCCGACGUCCCGGUGACGGUGGUGUCCAUCACGGUGCUGGAGAGAACAGCCAUGGAGCUGGCUUUAUUCCAGCAGGGCAGCAGGCGGUGGGACACAGCAGAGAGCCACCUGUUGGAUCUGUGUGUGUUGCUGUUUCGGGUCUCCUACGACAGCCUGGGUACUCCGGCGUUGGGUCGCCUGCUGGCUCACAGCCGGCGCUCGGUGAGGAGGUUUGUGGGCUGCGACGUCAUGCUGGAGCCGGGCGAGUACGCCGUGCUCUGCUGUGCCUUUAACCACUGGCACACGGCAGCCACAGACGGGACAACGAGCUGCUGCAGGUCAGAGGUGCCUGGUUACAUGCUGGCAGUCUACAGCUCCAGACUGGUGAUGGUGGAGCAGGUAACGGCCUCCAACACCACCAUCGCCGACGCCAUCAUCCAGCUGACGGAGACUAAAGGAGAGAGACACGAGGGUCGAGAGGGGAUGACGUGUUACUACCUGACCCACGGCUGGGCGGGGCUCAUCGUCAUGGUGGAGAACAGACACCCACGUCAUCACCUCCACGUGUCAUGUGACUGCAGCGACAGCUUCAACGUGGUGUCGACGCGCAGCAGCCUCAAAGCCAUCGACAGCAUCCCGCCUCUGCACAGACAGGUGCUCGUGGUUUUGUCUCAGCUGGAGGGAAACGCUGGAUUCUCCAUCACACACAGGCUCGCUCAUCGUAAGGCCGCUCAGGCUUCUCUGGGAAACUGGAGUCCCUCGAGGGCGACGCACAGUCCGGCUCUGAGCCCGGAGACCGCGGGUCUGCAUCAGCCCCGACCUCUCUGACCGCUGAGCAACACGGAGGCAGCUUCAGUCCAACACGUGUUCGUUUGUCUCAUUUGACUGCUGCUUCCAUGGAAAACGGGAAUAUUUCCCAUAAGUGUUGGAUGGUUUUUGCACAGACGAUCAUAUUUAGUGACGGGCAGAGUCAGAGCUGCUGCGAGGCAGAAAUCACCUCACAGGGUAAAUUGAAUCUGACUGAAGAUAAGUUAUGAUCCGCUGUCAACACCAGAGGGACUAUUUCUUUGGCUCAAGGCCGAGGCUGUAUUCAGGGGCGGCCCACUCAUUGGUGUUCAUUACAACGAUAUACAGGAGCUCAUAUUGAUUUAUUGAUUGAUUUCUAUCAGCAAGCUUUUUAUUUUCCAGGUGACAGUUUAUAUUUUAUUUCUCUUCACCUGAGUUUUACAACUCAGCGGAUCAGAAAAAUGAAUCAUCACAGAUCCAGAGAGAUCAAUCGAGAUUGAUUGGUUGGUUGAUUGAUUGAUUGAUUGAUUGAUUGAUUGAUUGAUUGAUUGAUUGAUUGAUUGGUUGAUUGAUUGGUUGGUUGAUUGGUUGAUUGAUUGGUUGAUUGGUUGGUUGAUUGAUUGGUUGAUGCUUGUGGUCUGAAGGGAAACGUCCUGUUUUGUUUGUGCGGGCACAAAAAGCAGACAAAUGUUUCAGAUGAUUUUCUUUCUGUGUUCAGAGCAGCUCUGCCUCUGAUCCACAUUCCUCCACACACACGUAGAUCAGACCUUAGAGUGAACACGUGAUGCACUUUAUAUUUCACACACAUCUCAGAUCACACGCUGGUCUUCAGGUCAGGUCCAAACUGUCUUAAUUGCACUGGUGAUAGAUGAAAACAAGUUACUCUCUUCGUUAGUUAGUCGUGUCUGAAGUGUCUGAGCUGUGUCUGUCCUCCUCACUGUUGAAAUAACGUCUUAGUUUUAGAUGGAGACUCGCUGUGUGGACGCAUUAGCACUUUAUGAACUUUAAACUAUGCUGGACUCUCGUGUUUGACUUUAGGUGAAAGAUAUUUUGUGCUUGUAAAUCAGAAAACUCUUCCACAUGUUAGAGACGACAUAUAAACUAUGCAAAUGUUUGAAAGCUGUUACGAUGCUUCAUCAUUAAACAUGUAAAUCUC